AUGAAUCGCGAAUUCGAUGAAUACCUCGAGCAACAAGGCGGUUCGAGGCUUCCAAUGAUGGAAUUUGCUCCAUUUUCGCAAACCUCCAAUGUCUUGGCUACGGGAAAUCUUCCCACGCUGGCGGCGAACACCAACGUCCAAGAAGAGUCGGAGGCGGUGAGGCCGAAAGCCAAGGGCACCUGCGCUUCAUAUUCUAGCGAGGAGUCCGAGCUCGUGGCAAUCUUGUGGGCGGAGGCAACCCACAAUCCUAUUUUGGGGACCUCCCAAAGGUUGCUCCAAUAUUGGGGAGCAAUCGCGGAGAAGUUCAACGCCCUCAGUGAGUCGGGAGCGCCGCCGCAAAAGCUGGAACAUCUCAAGUCCCACUUCGCCCGUGUCCAAAAGGAGACGAAAUUCUUCGAGGGCUUCUACAACACUUGCAAGGAGAAUUGGGGGAGUGGUAUGAGCGACGAUCAAAUCACCCAACAAGCCCAAACGAUGUUCGAGCCGAAUUUCAAGAAGCAAUUCUCCUACAUCAAAGCUUGGAAAGUGCUUCGCGAAUGCGAAAGAUUCAUGUCGCAAGCCGGGGAUGUCCACUCUGCAAAGAAGUCGAAGGGCUCCGAUGGCCAAAAAGCGGCAAAGCGAGACAAGGGCAAGGCGAAGAAGGAAGAAGGGUCUUCGGGAGGAGGUUCGACGUUCUCCAACGCCCUCGAGAAGGUGGCCAAAAGCAUGAAGGAGCAUGCACUCAAAACGGGGGAAAUCGCUGAGGUCAAAAAAAUGCAAGCCGAGAUGAAACGAGAGGAGAUGGAUAUGAAGCUUUUGAACAAGGACACGACGAGUAUGACGGAGGUACAAUUGACCUUGCACAACCACCUAGUCCAAGAAGUUCUCAAGCGUCGAUGGCUUAUUUAA